GUCCGAAGAAACCCCUCCUCUUCGCUGGAGCCACGACUUGUCCGUUCGUGGCUCGAGGUUGAGGGUUGAGAGUGGUGGUGGUGGGGAGGUUUUGUCGGGGGCUGCUGGCGCGUACGAAAGGCGACGAUCGGAAUCCCGGCGGAAGAAACUCGCGCGCGCGCGAGAGAGAGAGAGGAAGAAGGGAGCCGUGCGAGCUCACAAGAGUUGGGACGCGUCGAUACCCCGGCUACUGCGGGAGCUGUGUUUGUGUUAGCGGGAAGCCCACCAACCCCCCCCCCCCCCCCCUCGGCCAUGAGUGCCGAAUACUCGGCUGCGUCCCGCGCUUAAGCGGAUUUGAAGCGAAGGAGGGAUGGCCAACGGCACGGCGAAUGCAUCCGAGUCGACGCUGAGCCGCGACGAAGAGCUCGCCAAGGUGGAGAUCGCGAUCCUCGCCAUCAUCCUCUGCGUGGCCGUGGUCGGCAACGCCUGCGUGCUCCUGGCGCUGCUCAGCACCAAGAAGAAGACGUCGCGGAUGCACCUCUUUAUCAUGCACCUGAGCAUCGCCGACCUGGUAGUGGCCUUCUUCCAGGUGCUGCCCCAGCUCAUCUGGGAGGUGACCUUCCGCUUCAACGGCUCGGACAUUCUGUGCCGCACCGUCAAGUACCUGCAGAUCCUCGGCAUGUUCGCCUCCACCUACAUGCUCAUCAUGAUGGCCAUGGACCGCUACAUCGCCAUCUGCCACCCGCUGCGGACGAUCCAGCAGUCGUCGACGCAGUCCUACCUGAUGAUCCUCGUCAGCUGGCUCGUGAGCUUCCUCUUCAGCGUCCCGCAGGCGUACAUCUUCUCACUGCGCGAGGUGCAGCAGGGCACGGGCGUCUACGACUGCUGGGCUGCUUUUGUCGAGCCGUGGGGGCUCAAGGCGUACGUCACGUGGACCGCCGUCGCAGUGUUCGUCGCGCCCGUCGUCGUGCUGAUCUGGUGCUACGGCAUGAUCACCGCCGAGAUCUGGAGGAACAUGCGGGCCAAGACGGAGAGGCGCGGCGGGCGGGAGGGCCGCCCGCCGCCGAAGGGGACGCUGGCACGGUCGUCCGCGGCGGUGGCGCCGCCGGCGGCCGCGACGGCAUCGCGGGUCAGCUCGGUGAGGAACAUCUCCAAGGCGAAGAUCCGCACCACCAAGAUGACCUUCGUCAUCAUCGUGGUGUACGUCUUCUGCUGGACGCCGUUUUUCCUCGUCCAGAUGUGGUCCGUGUGGGACGGGUCUGCUCCCUUUGAAGGGUCGGCGUUCACCAUCGUCAUGCUGUUGGCGAGCCUCAACAGCUGCACCAACCCGUGGAUCUACAUGUUCUUCAGCGGGCAUCUCAUCAACGACUUUGCGCACUGCAUCCCGUGCUGCGCAAGCUCGCUGCGUCGCCUGCGAACGACCGGCGCUGGCCACAACGCUACCAGCCAGCGCAGCUCCACUCCGCAGAGGCACCGUAGCAUCACCCUGAGCUCCUGCAGCCAGAAGUAGGAUGCGGGGGGGGGGGGGGAUGAAUGAAACUUAAGAGAUGACCAGCCAGCAGCGGAGGCUUGUCUGGCUCUUACAGUUGCUCGUUUGAGCCACCAUGGCCUUGGAUUCUCUGGCGCUCGAACGAGAUCGCAAUCGGAGGAAGGCGGCAGUGGUCACAGCUGGACUCGUCAUCGAUUACCACGGAGAUAUCCACUGUGUUUGUACGUACGCAGGCAACGUACGUAGCCAAGCGUGCUAAUUGGAGGUUCGCAUGGUUAGUAGCCAACCGUGCUCAUAGCCCCAGUGAAGCGCUCCUGCAGGGAAACUGCAUGUCAAUGGUGUGGUCACGGGUGAUUGCACGAGGUUAUUCGCUCAGAGGCUCCACUAGACCUGUUGAGACACAUUUGGAACAAUUUCAGUGAGGUCGAAUGUCCUACUCGAGAUCGUUGGACGUGGAACAGAGAAGUGAGGUUAUAUCACACGACCAUGCCCAGACAACGAAUGUUGCAAUCUACUCUCUUAUAUUGAGUCCGGACUUUCCACAAACACCAAACAUCCCUUUUUGUUCCAGUGGGAUGAUGCAAAUAUUUCUGGCUGCAGAAAUCUUCCACUGUGUUCUCGUAAUGUUCUAAACCCAGAAGCAUUGCCACAUUUCCAGAUUUCAUUGGUAUGUUGUGUGCUUUUUCCUUGUCGGACUUAUUUAAAUACAUUUUCGGGCUAAAAAUAAAAAAGACAGAUUGUGUUGUUUGUUGGUGGCGUUAUCGUCUGAAUGAACUGGUAUUUAAAUGCUCUGCUUUUUUUUUAUUCAACGUUAAUGAUUGUUCCGUUUGCUGAAUAUCUUUCACCAACACCAAAAGCAGGUUUCCUGUUUGUGUUGGUUUACAGCAUGAGUCUCACAUUGCCAAACUUUGUGAAGUUCGGAGGGAAUUCGGCUGUCUAAGGCUUCGUACCCCAAUUUGGGCAGGUGGGGUGACAUCGAAUGGGGAAGCAGACCCAUGAAUCACCUUUGUUCUUUAUUUAAUUUUUUGUGCUCUGUUUUUCUCUGUUUUUAUUGUUGGAGUUGCCACCACCAAGCAAUGGACUAAAAAAGGAGGCCAGACUCCAUUUCAAAUGGUACUCUAGUCGUUGUGCACUUAAUAUCUAAUCGUCAAUGACAUCGCCCACACUAGGCUAUAACGAAACCCUCUGGGUACUUUGGUCUGGAGGGCAACUGAGUGUAUUUGUUGAGAUGGCAUCAAAGGCAGCAACCACCGUGCCAAUUCUGUUCGUGUCCCCUUGGCUACUAAAUGUCUGGCUGAGAUUUCGAGUUUCACAACUUGCAGUGGUUUAACACACAUGCUGUGCCGUUACAGAGUCAGCCCUGCCAAUUUCCCUCGUACUCACAAAUCAUUUUAAAGGCAACGGCAGCUCGUGUGUUGGACCCGAAUACAGAUCUGGGUUUGCCCCCGCUGCCACUAAGCUCGUGAAAUGCAUGGUCACCAAAAGCUAUUCGCAGUCUGUAAAACAAACAAUCCAAUUGCAAUGUUAAUAGUUUACGUAAUUUAAACAGUGUUAGAAAUGUAUUCAGCCACAAGCCAUUGCUUAAGUCUAGUUGUUUCAAGGGAAGUGAGUAGCAAAAGUGAGAUUUUUUUACGUAUGAUGCGAAAAAUAUGAUAACGAUGUUUGUUUGACGUUGAUUCAUGUAUUGUAAUGCAAGAGGUAUGCAUAGGUGGUAGUGGUCCAAUAUGAUAUGACGAUACACACAAUAUAUCAAAACCCUUUCUCAAUCCACUGCUGGAUGGAGACCUCCGAUGCCGUGUCAAUCAUUGGGGUUUGUUUGACUGCACUUCACUGUGCUGGUCAGUGUGGGGAAUGGUGGCACGUGGGUGCGAUGGGCAUCUUCUGGUAUCGCUCACCACGAUUGUUAAUCCUUGGUUGGAAUUUCAACUCGAAAUAUUGGGUUUGUAAGGCAGCACGAUAACCAAUGCGCUUCUGUUCUACCACCCCUAGGCAUAGGAAUGUGUAAGUUCCACCACUGAUUCAGAAUGAAUAUUGGUCUUGACAACCAGUGAAACAGAAUAUUUUUUACAUGUGUGUGUAAAUAUAUACAUUGUGUGGUGAGUGUGUAGGUAUUAAUGUGAUAGUAGUAAUACACACAUGAAUGUGGGCAAGAUUGAUGUGUCACGUACGCUAAUUUAUGAUCAGCUUAUGCACUAAACGGACAUUUAUUGUGUUGACUGUAGUUGCAUGAGUGUACUUUCUGAGAAAUAAGAAAAUAUUUAACACUAUGGUAUAUUAUUGUGUCUAUUUCCCAUUGAAUGUUUACAACUACAACAAUAAAACAUCAGUGUCACAUCUAUUCUGAGAAGGCG